CUGGUUUCCCGUCUCGUCUCAGCUCUUCCCUCGUCUCGCUCGUCGAGUUUGUCGCGAUCCUUUUUCCACCCUCAUCUGCUUCAUCUUGCUUUUCUUCUCCCCCCUUAUCUCUACGGCAUAGGCACCGUCUGAGUUGCCUGCUUCUUAUCAAUUUUACUGCCUGAAGCGCCAUUGACGUUCUUCAAGGCUACUUUCUUCCGCUGAAUGAAUUAAGCCCUGCAUUGACACGGUACGUCCAAAGCCAAAUCUACUACGGCCCGUUCCCGCCGAAGUCGAGCCCGCGCCUGAAAACGACCACCUUUCAUCGCAAUCGAUCACUGACGCGACUUUUUAUCCUUACACAGGCUCUUCUAUCUAAUUUAUUAUCAUUUGCGCGCCGGUAUACGAGUGCACAUACUGCCGCCCGUCGCGAUUACGCUUCGUUUUGACGAUCUAGAGGUACUCCAAAUCGGUCGCGCCGCGCCUAAGCAUCAUACAAAAUGGCAUCCCAUCAAGAGCGCACACUGCCCUCCAAGCACAAUCCUCUCAUGACAGAGGAUGUUCCGGAUUACACGGAUUUGGUCGCGCGUAGACGUCUCGGACAGACUAAGCUGACACCUAAGAUGGCCGGCACUGGUGAGACUGAGCAGGCGGCUCUUGGUGUUUUUGAUUAUGCGCAUCUCCGAGCCCCCCUUCCCAAGGGCAUCGUCUCCGGCAUCUUCAAGUCGAGCCCUAGCAGCUACUUCUUGAUGCGACGCAGCUUUGACGGUUACAUCUCCGCGACUGGCAUGUUCAAGGCGAGCUUCCCUUACGCUGAGGCAUCCGACGAGGAGGCAGAGCGCAGGUACAUCAAGUCUCUUCCCACUACGAGCCCCGAAGAGACUGCUGGCAACAUCUGGAUUCCCCCGGAGCAGGCUCUCGUCCUCGCUGAGGAGUACAAGAUUGCUCCUUGGAUUCGCGCUCUCCUCGAUCCCGCCAAGAUUACCGUGACCACAACUCCAGACUCGUCUUCGCCCAAGAAGAGCAUUACCGCCCCUCCCAGGUUUGAUCCUGUCAAGGCGUCGCAGCCUGUGCUGGCACCCCCCACCCCCUCGACUAUUCCUCGAAGCACUCGAUCUCGUCGUUCUGCUAGUCCCACGAAGAGCACCAGGCGCGCCCCUGCCUCGCCUCGAAAGCGAAGCACCCGCGCCAAGGCCGAGACUGUCGAGACCAUUAUUGAGAAGACCGAUCUCGUGAAUGGUGUGGCUGAGACCGAGGCCAAGGUCGAGGAGACCAAGCGAGAGGAUAUUGUUCUGCAAUCGACCGAGUUUGAGCCAGCUAUCGUUCUGGAGCCCAGGGAAGAGGACCCCAAGGUCAAGGUCCACGUUGAGGAGGACAUCGUCAAGGAUGAGGACGGUGUCGAAACUAAGCGCACAAUCACCGAAGUUGAGCUUCCUCUGCCCACAGCCGGCGAGCCUCCAACCGCCGAGGAGAUUGCCCAAAUGAUGGAAGCAGCCAAGGAGAUGGUCCAGAAGACCAAGGAGACUGAAGCCAAGGCUGAUGAGGAACAAGAAGAUGUCGAUGAGGCCCCAGGUUCCGCCAAGAAGAGCAAGCGAAAGGCUGCGGAUAUUUCCAUUGGCGACAAAGACGGCGAAGAGACAGAAAAGACUCCAGAGGAGCAGCCUAGAUCAAAGAAGGCCAAGACUGAGACGGAAUUAAGGAAAGAGAAGGUGAAGAACCGGGCAUUACUUGGCCUGGGUGCCACAGUUGCAGUUGGCGCGAUUGUUCCUUGGCUUAUGAACUUUAUCUAAGCAAUGAAUUGUAUGUCAUGUCUUCGGAAAUUAAACUAGGUCUUCUAGUAGGGACCUGAAUAAUCCCACCACAACCAUGGCUGAGAUAUGGGACGGGCGGACUGGAUUGGAUCGGCGCGGCUAUUGUAUUUUUUGGUUGUUUCUUCAUUUUCGUUUUCUGUCGUUGUGUCUCGUCUUAACGGAAUCACUACCCAAUACUCACUCACCCUGUUGCCGUAAUGAGAUGUCGAGAGUGGCAUCUUGUUGAGACAACGCCCUUUCGAUGUCUUUACUGCUACUACUGCUACUACUUACUAUACCACAUCACUAUACCAUACCUUACCAUACCAACCUUGACCUUCCUCUUUUUUUAUCAACUUUUAUUACCAAAAACUUACUUCCCCCUUGCACAUACCCCUUUGACCCGGAAGACACCAAUACUAGAUGAGUUGGUAGAAACUGGGUCUUUUGCUUUGAUUGGUUCUGUUUGCUUGCAUGGGGAUUUCGGAACGACAGAGAUGGAGAUGGACACGAUGAGGAACGUCCAUAUGAGAGAGGACGGUCGAGUUGACUGUGUCGACUCUAUAGGAUUAUGUAUGAAGACGUUGAAGUAAAAUAAAAUGAAAACUAAUAUGAUAAAUCGUGUCUAAGUGAAGCA